AUGAAAUAUAACUGCGGCAAGUUCGGAAGCGGAGCUCAAGAACAAUGCAAGGAGGAGCAGGGCACGUGCCAGGUCCAGGAUUUGGCCCCCAACCAGCCCGACCAGCAAACAUUUAAUUUCUACAUUUUAACGCAGCAAUCUUGGAAAGUUAAAUAUUUAUAUUAUUUAAAGGCUAACCCACGAAAUGGGGAUGUAGAUGUGGAUGAGGAUGCGGAUCCGGAUGCGGAUGCCAAGUACACAUCUCGCACAUCCCUCGAACAGUACGUGCGGAUAAUGAGCUGCGCCCCAGGCAAUGUGGUAUAGUGUGGAGCAGGAGCAAAGCUUUGACCACGCUCCUGGUUUCAAAAUGAAAAUGCAUUGUUUUGUUUUAGCUCAAGCCACGGGCAAAUUCGUUGCUUCUAUGUUUAUGUUUCCCAGGGAACACUUUUCACAAAAUUCUGGGUAAAUAUUCUAGUCAAAACCAAAUUAAAGUGAAAACUGGCAAA